AUGAUCCCUGCAGUUGAUGGGCGCAUUGCUGUCCUCGCCGUCUUACCUAUUUCCUUUGUUUUCAUUAUUGUCCUCGGGCGCCGGUUCAUUGAGAACAGACAGAACAAACCUUCCCUUCCGCCUGGCCCAGCGCCGCUCCCGCUAUUAGGGAACAUCUUAUCUAUCAACACUAAAGAACCCUGGUUGACUUAUACUCAAUGGCAUGCUGCUUAUGGGGACUUGGUCUUCGUGCGAGUUCUAGACCAGGAAGCGGUCGUGAUCAAUUCUCAGCGUGUUGCAGAAGCCUUGCUGGACAAACGCUCUCGCAUUUACAGUGAUCGACCAUACGUAGCCACGAUCGAGCCAUUUGGUUUUUCGAUCAACUUUGGAUUCAUGAGUUAUGGAGACGAAUGGCGUCGUUGCCGACGACUCUUCCACCAAACUUUCCGCCCCGAGUCUGCAGUCAAGUUUCUCCCGAUGCAGAUGAAACGGGCUCGUGAGAUGAUCGUCAAUCUAAUUGAUGAUCCUCAACACUAUCAUUCGCAUUUCGUAACAUUCUCAUUGUCUGUUGCGAUGUCAGUCGUAUAUGACUACCAGCCCAACGCUCGUGACGAUCCUCUGGUUCGGGUCGUGGAAAAAUCAUUGGCUCUUGGCUUUGCUGUAUUGACCCAAGAAAAAGCAUUCUUGCUCAAAACUUUCCCCUUCUUGCUGAAGUUACCUGACUGGUGCUGGGGAUCCUCGAUUAAACGUGAUGCUCGACUGUCGACCAAUCGCACGACGGAAAUGAUGGAGGUGCCAUUUCGAUAUGCGCAGCAGCACAUGGUCGACAACUUGUCUCUUGAGCGGUUAUCAAUGGUGACAGAUAAUUUGCAACGGAUGGAGAAGCAAGAUCAGGCAUCCAAACCCAUAUUGGAGACUGCCUUGAAGAAAGCAGCUACUACCGCUAUGGCAGGUUCAUAUGAGACGACUACUGGAACCCUGAUGACUUUCGCUCUCGCCAUGUCAACUUACCCAGAUGUUCAAAGACGCGCACAAGCGGAGGUCGACUCGGUGAUCGGAAGAGAUCGCUUACCUACGUUUGAAGACAGAGCAUCAUUACCCUACGUUGAAGCAGUUCUGCGGGAGAAUUUGCGAUGGCACCCAAUUGCACCCAUGUGUAUACCACAUGCUACCACGAGUGAUGAUGUAUACGAUGGUUACUUCAUUCCAAAAGGAGCGACCGUUAUAUGCAAUGCAUGGGGCAUUUCACGGGAUGAAAAGCGGUACCCUGACGCGUCUCGUUUUAUGCCAGAGAGGUUCAUUGAUGUUGACGGCGCGUUGACGGAUGAUGACCCUGCGGAAUACAUUUUCGGCUUAGGUCGGCGUGCAUGUCCAGGCCGGUAUACUGCUGAUGCCUCUAUGUGGUCUGCUAUCGUGACCAUGUUGGCCACAGUGAACUUUUCUUCCGCCAAAGAUGACCAGGGCAAUGUAAUCGAUUUCACUCCCCAAUUCACGACGGGACUCACUCAGUACUUGGUUUCCUUGUGUCAUUCCAUCCUCCCGUCACUAACAAUCAGAUCGCUUUAGCUGCCUUAUGGACUUCCCUUGCAGUAUUUCACUACGUUCUCAUAUCCAUCCAGGACUUCUGGAUAAUUCAUGAUCUCCGGUCAGAGAAUUGAGCAACAAUGAGCAGCAACUUCUGUGUGGAAGGACGGAUUAUGAUGACAAUUCCUUGUAUAAUAGAUCCGAUGAUCAAUCGUUGAACGCGUCUGCUGACCAACCCGAAGCUUGCCCACAGUUCUCCAGCCUGGUGAAAAUUCACUAAGAAUAAUCAGUGCAUGGGCAGAAUACAAUUAAGUUCUCUACUAUCCGACAGCACGCGUAGAGAAGUCCAUGGAAGGUAGGUUGAGGUAGAUGUA